AUGCCGGAUAAGGUUGUUCAGCAGCGAAACAUAUGGGGAUUGCUGCCACAUUUCGUUUGUCGUAUCAUCAAGGAUACGAAGGUCGACCCGCACGGUGUACUCGUCGACCUCAGUGCAGGUGUAAACGCAUCACAAUCCAAGCCAAGCCCGCAAAGACGGCGCGGUCCAGUUCGCAAUGCGCGACGCGCAGCCGCGUGGGGCGUUGAACUCGGGCCUGUGGCGCUUCGCCUGGCGCCGAUGAAGGCUCAAGCGCUCAGGAGGCGCACGUUGCUGUCUGCAAUGGCCAGAUGUUCAACGAGAGCUGUGCGUCGUGUUUCAGUGCUUGAGAAGAACACCGCGCUCAAGAGCAAGUUCUUCGAUCUGCCCGAGGGCGAGACCAUCCCUUCUCCCGACGCACAGAACAACGCGGUCGAAACGAUCCUCACGGUCCGGGCGUGCUCCUACGGCUUGCGCGACGCGCCGGGGUCCGGCGACAGGUGA